AUGGUCGCACCAGCCAAAAAGGUCGCUUUCGUCACAGGCGCCAACGGAAUCAGCGGCUUCAACAUCAUCGAACAUCUCGUCCGUCAGCCAAAAGGGCAAUGGUCCAAAAUCAUCGUCACAUCCAGACGACCUCUUCCAAACGCAUGGAUCGACCCACGCGUCAAAUUCGUCGCUGUGGACUUCCUCGAACCAGUCGAGAAAAUCACUGCAAAACUUGAAGAUAUCUGUGCAGAUGUGACGCACGCCUUUUUCACCUCGUACGUGCACAGCGACGACUUCACGCUCCUACGUGAACGUAAUGUUCCUCUUUUCCGGAAUUUCAUUGAUUCCAUCGAUGUUGUUUGUCCUAAGUUGGUGCGGGUUUGUCUUCAGACUGGUGGGAAGUACUACGGCGUCCACCUUGGUCCCGUAAAAGUUCCCCUGGAAGAAUCCUUCCCUCGCUACGACGACAAAGGACUCAACUUCUACUACAACCAGGAAGAUUACCUGCGUGAGGUCCAGAAGAGGCGAGGGUCUUGGGGGUGGAAUGUUAUUCGGCCUAAUGCUAUUAAUGGGUUUGCGCCGCAUGCAAAUGGCAUGUCGGAGGUCCUGACUAUCGCGACCUACAUGUUGAUCUGCGGUGAAUUAGGCCAGCCUGCUCACUUCCCUGGAAACGAAUACUUCUGGAACUCCAUCGAUGAUAAUUCCUACGCACCCAGUCUGGCCGAUCUGUCUGUGUGGACUGCAUCGCAGGAUCACUGCAAGGAUGAGGCAUUCAACCAUGUAAAUGGUGAUGUCUUUGUGUGGAGGUAUAUCUGGCAAGAGUUUGCUGCUUACUUUGGUCUUGAGGUCCCAGAACCCAACUUCCAAAAUGCAACCGGACAAGCUAAAACCCUCUCUAAUGAAAUCGACAUGGUGGAAUGGGCGAAGGACAAGCGCGAAGUGUGGGAACGCGUUGUUGCCAAGUAUGGCGAUAAAGCGGAGGCGUUUGAUUGGGGAACAUGGGGGUUCUUUAAUUGGGCGACUGGAAAGUCAUGGUUGACUAUUUCGUCUAUGAACAAGGCAAGGGAAUUUGGAUGGCAUCGGAAUGAUUCUACUUCUGAAACAUGGAUUGAGACGUAUCGGUCUUUUGAGAAUGCGGGGGUUAUGCCUGAUGUUGAUCUUUUGAAGAAGGAUUAUGGAGUGAGA